CCCUCUCCUGGCCCCGCUCCUGCCGCCCGUGCGGCCGGUGAACGCUGUUGACAUGUCCUGAAUUAUUAAGCGCGGGGUGGGCUCCGGAGCACAUGCUGAGCGGAGCGGCUGGGGCUGGAGCGUGGCGGAGCGGCGCGCUCUCUCGCUCGCUCGCUCGCUCGCUCGCAGGGACACACGCAGGGGCUGACAGCUGUGCUGGUGCUGAUAAGGGAAGCCACAAGGAGACGAUCGAGGAGAGAGACAAGCGGCAGCAGAGGCAGCAGCGACACAGGCAGCACAGGGGCUGCAGAGCUGCUGGAAGUGGGAGUGACUCCCCCACCUCGGGCCCCCACCCCGUCCCCGUCCUCCUCCCGAUUGCCCUGAGUUUAGAAGAGCGGGCCGCCGCCACCGCCGCCACCGCACCGGGGCUGCUGGCCAGGGAGGGACAAGGCAGGGAGGCUCCGGCCAGUCCCAGCAGCCAGGGACAGAUGCCGAUCGAGAUUGUGUGCAAAAUCAAAUUUGCUGAGGAAGAUGCGAAACCCAAGGAGAAGGAGGCAGGGGAUGAGCAGAGCCUCCUGGGGGCUGCGAGGGGGGCCGCAGCCCCCCGGGACCUGGCCACCUUCGCCAACACCAGCACCCUGCACGGGCUGGGCCGGGCCUGCGCCCCAGGCCCCCAUGGACUGCGAAGAACCCUGUGGGCCCUGGCCCUGCUCGCCUCGAUGGCGGCCUUCCUGUACCAGGCGGCCGGCCUGGCCCGGGGCUACCUCACCCGGCCUCACCUGGUGGCCGUGGACCCAGCUGCCCCAGCCCCGGUGGCAGGCUUCCCGGCCGUCACCCUCUGCAACAUCAACCGCUUCCGGCAUUCGGCACUCAGCGACGCUGACAUCUUCCACCUGGCCAAUCUGACGGGGUUGCCCCCCAAAGACCGGGACGGGCACCGGGCGGCUGGCCUGCGCUACCCGGAGCCCGACAUGGUAGACAUCCUCAACCGCACCGGCCACCAGCUAGCCGACAUGCUCAAGAGCUGCAACUUCAGUGGGCACCACUGCUCUGCUAGCAACUUCUCCGUGGUCUACACACGCUAUGGGAAGUGUUACACCUUCAACGCAGACCCGCAGAGCCCGCUGCCCAGCCGGGCAGGGGGCAUGGGCAGCGGCCUGGAGAUCAUGUUGGACAUUCAGCAGGAGGAGUACCUGCCCAUCUGGAGGGAGACAAAUGAGACUUCAUUUGAGGCCGGCAUCCGGGUGCAGAUCCACAGUCAGGAAGAGCCGCCCUACAUCCACCAGUUGGGCUUUGGUGUGUCCCCAGGCUUCCAGACCUUCGUGUCCUGCCAGGAACAGCGGUUGACCUAUCUGCCCCAGCCCUGGGGCAACUGCAGGGCCGAGAGCGAGCUCUGGGAACCGGAGCUCCAGGGCUACUCAGCAUACUCCGUGUCCGCUUGUCGCCUGCGCUGUGAAAAGGAGGCAGUGUUGCAGCGCUGCCACUGCCGGAUGGUGCACAUGCCAGAUUCCCUGGGUGGGGGCUCUGAGGGCCCAUGUUUCUGCCCUACCCCCUGCAACCUGACCCGCUACGGGAAAGAAAUCUCCAUGGUUAAGAUUCCCAACAGGGGCUCAGCCCGAUACCUGGCGAGGAAGUACAACCGCAACGAGACCUAUAUCCGGGAGAACUUCCUGGUGUUAGAUGUCUUUUUUGAAGCCCUGACCUCCGAGGCCAUGGAGCAGAAAGCAGCUUAUGGGCUCUCAGCCCUGCUGGGUGACCUCGGGGGACAAAUGGGCCUUUUCAUCGGGGCCAGCAUCCUCACACUGCUGGAGAUCCUCGACUACAUCUAUGAGGUGUCCUGGGACCGAAUAAAACGGGUGUGGCGUCGUCCCAAGACCCCUCUUCGGACCUCCACUGGGGGCAUCUCCACCUUGGGGCUGCAGGAGCUGAAGGAUCAGAGUCCCUGCCCAAGCCGAGGCCGCGCUGAGGGUGGGGGAGCCAGCAGCCUGCUCCCCAACCACCACCACCCCCAUGGCCCUCCAGGAGGCCUCUUUGAAGACUUUGCUUGCUAGGAUGGUGCUGUGUCUUAAAGGACCCAGGAAUCUGGCUGGGGUCCAUCCCCAGACCCCCCCUAUUCCCUUACUCCUGGGACCUAGAGGCCU